UCGCUUACUAAGUAUUAACAAGCAUAGUGUCAGCGCGCACAAGCACGAGCACAUAGACUUGAUGAGCGCGGACACUCGCUGUCGAAGCGCUGGUACGACCAAGCGCUGCAGCAGCAGUGAGCGAAGUUCCUGCCGUCUUCGGGCUGUCUGCCGCUUCAACGCAAGAGAGGCUGGUAUGAUAUGUGCACAAAGAAUUUCUCUUCAUUUAUUAGGAUGGGCUCAGUUUCAGAACUUGGAAAUAACUCUGCACACUCUAUUGUCGAAGUUGAGUCAGCGGAACUCUUCAGCACCAGCAUGGGAUGCUACCGGGAAAGUUCUGCAGAAGUGCUAGACGCCUUCAUGAACGCGUUCACUCCGAUAGACUCCAGUGACAGCAAAUUAUCGGCACUUCCAUUUCUCGACAUCGGCUGUGGCGAUGGAAACUUCACACGGCGCCACUUGCUGCCGCGCGGCCAGCAUCAGUGCCGAAAACUAGUGGCCGCGGACAACUCGACGGCUAUGCUCGAAUACGCGAGGUCUCAUCACAUGCACGAGAUGAUCGACCACGUCCUAUUCGACAUCGUGAAUGACGACGUGAACAAGUUCCUGAAUGAGCAUGGCCCUUUUGCGCGGGUCUAUUCCUUCAACAUGCUCCAUUGGGUCAAGGAUCAGGCUCAGGCUAUGAAGAACAUCGAGAAGAUGAUAGCGCCAGGAGGAGAGUGCUUUGUCACCUUCGAGCACUGCAUCCCCAUGUUCGAAGUGGCCAUAGCCCUUGCAGAAUCUGCCCGGUGGAAACAAUACGCUCAGGUCCUCCUUGAUAAAGUGCCCAUCACAGCUCGCAGCACAGACAUGGGCCUCAUGAGAUCUCACCUUUUGCAUAUCGUCAACGAGACGGCACUCAAGCCAUUGGCUUGCGAAGUGUUACGCCUUCCGGUUGUCAAUAUGCCAGACCUCAAAGACGCAACCGAUCGCAUUGUUUCGUACAACCCAAUCUACCCACACUUAAAUGAUGAGGACAAGGAAGAACUGAUUACCUCCACAGCUGAUAUACUUGCGAAGAGGGCUCAAGGAAUUGCGGAAGGGCGAAUCAGCAAUCACAGAUUCACAUACGUCAUCCACGCCUACAAGACAGCGCUAUGACCGUACAGAUCCGCUUGACACAGCUGCGACUUUCCGAAAAGAGAUAACUAAAUAUUUA